CUAUUCAGGAAGUGACGACAUCGCCUGUUCAUCCUAAAACCAUGCUUGAAUGGAGGUGACCUUAGUGUCCAUCUAAUUGUGUAGUCAGUCAUCUACAUCGCAUUUACCCACACAUUUUAAUACAAAAGUUGUCUUUGAAAACAGAGAAAAGUAUUGAAUAGAGCGAGGAGAAAUGGCGGAGGCUCAACAAGCACGCGUUCAGGCUGUAGUAGAAGACAUGGUCCAAAGCCUGGAGCGAGAUCACAUCCGGAAAAUGCAGGCUCGUAUGUUCAAGUGCAGCGCGGACUGCUGCGACCAGUCAUCCGACUCCAUGUCUCAGGUGCAUCUGUGUAUUGAUAGGUGUCACACUCCACUGGCCAAAGCCCAGGGCCUCGUCACCGCCGAGCUGGAGAAGUUUCAGGAUCGUCUGACCAGGUGCACGAUGCACUGCAAUGACAAAGCCAAGGAUCUCUUUGACUCGGGCGCCAAGGAGCCGGCCGUCCGAUCCUUGAUGGAGCGAUGUGUGGGCAGCUGCGUGGAUGACCACAUGGACCUAAUCCCCAGCAUGACCCGGAGAAUCAAAGAUAACCUGGACUCUAUAGAGCAGUGAGACACUAGUUUGCAAGUAGAGCACUAGCAUUGGUGUCAAGUGAGCCAGAUGUGGAAAUGACAAACCAGGAGAUGUGAGACUGAGAAAUGCAGCGUCUAGUCUUGUACGGCCAAGCAGUCGGACUCAUGCAUUCAAUGUGGAAGCUUCUGUCACAUAUAUUAAAAGUCCAUGGUUGUAAUUUUAGUGUGUGCCCUCACAUCCUGCCUCUUAUGGUGGGAUUUAUGCAAAAAGGGGUAUAGCAGACCUGCUGUUUGACAGUAUCUCUUGCAAAAUGACAAUAAGCAAUUACAUAGAAGAGGUAAUAGUCACUGUUAGCACCCUUUCUUUUCAUGAACGAUAGCAAGGGCAAACUCUUAAUACUACAAGAACUAUAAAACUGCUCAUCAUUUUAAGUAUCAUUUUUGCUUACAAAUUGUUGAAUUGCGGUCUUACAGAACAUAAAGCCCAUUUUUCUUUUUCUCAAGCCUCCUGGACACCUCUGGCGCACCCCCACCCCCAGAGCAGGUGCAUCUUAUGCUUGAACAAGCUGAAAUCUACACGCUACUUCACACAAAUACAAGUACACAUCAGUCCAUGAAAACCAAAUUACUUUUUUCUUAAAUACAUGCACACUUCUGCAAUGCAUUAUACUGUGUAUUAAGGAAAAAGGUGUAAAUAAAUACAGAAGCAGGCAAAAUGCAGUGAUAUAGGAUAGCACCACAGCCCGUGUUGCCGAGCAGAUUUAUUGGCAACAAACAUACACAUUUCAACAAACUUACGCAUUUUCAUCUUCCAAAAACAAAAGGUAAAAAAUAUAAAUAAAAACAUGAUUACAAAUUGCGGCAAUAAAAAGGCGAGUUGAAUGUCAGCUCCUCAAGUGUGAAAUUGUCCACUUUUACUGUGGUCUCAUGUCUAUGAGGCAACGUUGGCAAAGUGCGCCAGAUGAGUGGGUGACAAAACGUAAUGACCAAAGCAGUCAAAGAGUGUCAAAUAACGGUGCAAAAAAAGGGGGAAAACCAAAUGUGCAUGAGUGCUCAAAGUUUGAAAGUGUACUUUAGUGAGUCACAACAAAUGAACAUGACGUAAGAAGACAGGUGGAACCCUGUAGUGAAGGAGGCAAGCUCACUUUGGAGCGUAGUAUCAUUAGCUAGCUACUUCUUAAUAAUUGAAAUUGCAUACAUGGGAUACUUUGAUAGUGAUUUUUUUUUUUUUUUUACUAAAUGAACUGCAGUGAAAUACCAGAAGCUCCUUUGGUGAAAGAUGUCCACUUUCAUAAACACCUGCAGGACAAAA